AUGGACCACAUCUAUCGUUUCCUCCAAGGAAACCUGAAUCACUCCGCCAGAGCUCAGGACAUGCUGUCUCAGAGCAUGGCGGAGUGGUCCAUAGAUGUGGCUGUGGUCGCCGAGCCGUACUUCCUUCCCCCGGCAAAUGAUUGUUGGUUCGGGGACGAUGACGGCCUGGCGGCCAUAGUCAUAAGAAGAGACGCGGCGAUCCCCCCCCUGGCGAAGGUGACCAGGGGCCAAGGGUUCGUCGCGGUGCAGUUGGAAGGGACCGUCGUGAUCGGGGCGUACUUCUCUCCGAACAGGCCUACUGUCGAGUUCGGGCAUUUCCUGGGCGGGAUCGGGGCGAUUGCUCGCCGCCUUGCUCCCCGCCCAGUGAUUCUCGCGGGGGACCUCAAUGCGAAGUCUGUCGCAUGGGGCUCCCCCCGCUCGGACGNCGCAGUGGUCUCUGCUUCCGAUGCGGCCAACCGGGUCAUAAAGCGGCGUCCUGCACGGCCGCCCCGCACUGCGCUCUGUGCGCUGCAGCCGGGCGCGGGGCAAACCAUCGGGCAGGAGGCAAAGCGUGCUUCCCGUCCGGUGAUAAUACCGAACGCAACCGGCGUCGCAAGGCAAAGCGCCGGCAGAAGAGAAAGUUGGUCAGAGGAGCACUGGCCAACGUUGUAA